AUGGCCAGCGGUCAAUUCGUCGACCCGAUUCAACUGCUCCGAAUCACGCCUCUCAUUGCAGCGACUUUGACCCUCGAUCAUGCAUUCGACAGCAACCUCUUCCUAUCGGCUCUCAACCAGCCCGAGACGCGCACCAAGAGCAACGCCGCUCUCUCCACCUACUUCCCCGUCGUAUCUCACGCUGGCUUCUACCGUCGCCUGACCUCCGUCUCUUUGACCUUUGUCGCUUCCAUUGCCAACCUUUAUUCUCGCGGCAGCCCGGCGCGAGCCUGGUACCGUACAGGAGCUAUACUUGCAGUCGCCCACUUCAUCUUCAUGCCCUUCAUGAUCACAUCCAAGGAUGCUAUUCGCACAAAUCAUCCUGCAAGAGACGCAAACAUUGCCUUGGACGAGUGGCUUUGGUUCAACAGACUGAGAGGCUUGACUGUUGACUUGGGCACUUUCCUGGUCUUGGGCGUUGCCGUUGUCAAGAGUCUGGGCAAGUGA